AUGUCACGCGUAGUUAUAAUCUUAACUCUUUGUGCCAUGGCCGCUGCGUUGCCAAUCAUAAGGAUAAAAAGUGAGUUGAACUUUAUGCAAUAUUCAUUUCCAUUGUAGUAGACAGUUUAUUAUCGUUUUAUCACCGAUCUAACGGUGAUUUUCAUGCCAGUGUUCUUGUGUUAUGGUCAGAUUCAUUAUUACUGACUUAUUUUCUGAAUUCGUCAUUUGUUCAAGUUAGAAUAUAUUGUAGACAAUAACGCUACUAUAAGUGAAACUGAGAUACUGCUUGUUUAAGAAAAAAUUAACCCUUACAAGGAUUAUAAAAGGAAAAAAAGGCCAUCUCUGAGCAGACAUCUAACACGGCCGUAAGUAUAUAUAAUCGGCAGUAUUCACACUAAUCCAGACCAAAGCAAUCCAAGCUAAGGCGUACAUUUUUGUACAAAUGAUUAUUAAAAGUGAGACGUACGUUAGAACCAUUCAACUGUAUAAUUACCUGUUUUUGGCGGGAAAAAUGUUGAACUUAACACUGUUACAUAAACAGAGCGGGGCCGUAAUUAUUUUAGCUAAAUGCUAGUUUUUAGUUUUAGGGUAAAAUUAAACCUGAACGAGUUCAGUAUCAAAUCUAUUACCAUUCACAAGUAUAAAAAUUACAUUCUCCCUACUCUUCGUACCAAGUCGAAGCGGCUGUGCUGAAAAUAUUCAUAGCUCUAGAAAUGUCAACAUUUUCAGUCACCUUCCACCGACACUGAUAUGAAUAAUUGUUCUUACUAGUGUAUACCGAGCCAAUGAUAUAGUCGGUCACAAUAUUAAUCUUGUCCCGCCGCGUAGAACAGUCCAAAUAAUCGAUAGUGAACAAAACUUGUGCAGCUUUCAAACAAGUUUGUUAGGGAAACUAUAUUGAAAAGCAACCAACGAACUCUGCUUCGCCCACGUUUGAUUUCUAGGCCAGCGAUCUAGUUCUCGGAAAAAUUGUUUUGCAGCCAAAUAAAAAAAAGGUAAUUUAAUAAUAUGGAAAGGCAGGCAAAACAACUGUCCUAACAGUUGUUUGAGGUUGGGGAAACUGUAGAAAAGUUCACAUGCCAGCUACUCGAGAAACCAUUCAGUCGGUGAAGGGGGCGGUACAGGUGAAAGAGGUUUCAGGUUUACGAGUUCAAUAUUUCAAUUGAUGCGUGAUAGAAAACCUUAAAGUUUAUUAAUGAUCUUUGUAAAUUGUUGUGUAGAUGCCAAUGGCCAGAAGAAGUCUUACUGUUGUUACGGAGUUGUACAGCCUUUCGACCUAACGGCAAAAGCUAAACAGGGACUACGAGCUUUGAAUCAAGUUGGGUUUGACUUAAAGAAACUUCGCAAAGUAGUCGAAAUUUACCAGAAGGCCGUGGAGGGAAAACUGAAGAACGUGGAGAAAGAAGCCGAAGACUUAACUUAUAGAGUGCAAGCCGCAUUAAAAGCGACGAUGAAAAUAUUGUCAGAUGCUACCAAGAAGGCCUCUAAAACACUGAGCGAAGUUACAGGUAUUUGAUAUAAACGCUUCUAACGCUACAUGUUAACAACAUAUAGGAAAUUUCUAUUGACUGCAGAUGAGCGCACAAUGUAUGGGUGUGUCUCUUUUAAAACAGGAUUUCUUCUUUGCUCUUGGUUUGUCAUACCAGGCAGCUUUGUUCUAUUUUAAACCUCUAACUGAAUUUCCCACAAACGGAUGGAAUCUAGUAUUCACGUUAUGUAAAAACAAAAACUCGAAAAAAAAAGAGAGAGAGACAGAGAGAAAAGAGAAAAGAAAGAAAGAAACUAGGAACUAUCCCGGAUCUAAGCUAAGCUGGUUAAAAUUUCCUGUAACACUUUCGCAAAACACGUUGACAUGCACUGUCCUUGCGAGAUUAGCCUUGUUGCUUCCCUCUUUUCCUACCAUUCCCCCAAUCCACCCCCUCCCCUGUUAGGUCCACGGGGUGUGCAUGGGGAAAUGCCGGAAAGGGCACAAAAAUCUGUAAGCUUUUCAAAUUUCAAAUCUUCUUAAAGCUUCCCUCUUUCCCUGCCAUCCCCCCACCCCACCCCUCCACUGUUGGGUUCAUGGGUUCAUAAGCCGGAAAGGGCACAAAAAUCGGCAACUUAUUCAAAUAUAAACAGAGAAUGUAGCAUUCAACUGUUGAAGUUUUCUGUUCCAAUUUAAAAGUCACAAAUCUUUCUUUUCUGUUACUUUUUUCUCCUUAGUGUCAACAGUUACAAUUGUUGAACUCAAUUCAGGGUGUUCGGCUGUUUCUGUACUCCGAUAUACAUCGGAGGUGUAUAAUGACCAAUAAAACAGCGCGUAAUAAAUAACUGAUUUAUUUAACUAAAUGCAAUGUGGUUAAUCUCUAUCUCUUAUAGAGGCUUCAAAUGAUCUCGGACAACUUGGAAAAGAUAUCCAAGAGACAAAAACCCACGACAUGAUAACAAAGAUUAGAGAACUAAUCGCGGAAAAACCAGAAUCCAGUAAGAAAUCUAUCGACAAGAAAAAGCUGAAGAAAUCUGAUGCAAGGCCAAAGGAUAGCAAAUCCAAGGACAAGAAAGCCGAUCAUCAUCACAAAACAUUAAAAAUGAAACUGUCUACAGAAACAACGGAAAAAGACCAUGCUAAUAGAAGUAAAACAGGCCACAAAUCACUCAGUGCAAAAGACAGAAUUCCAUUGGCACCAUUCGUCGGUGAAAAGGAAGCAGCUGAACGCUUACUGGCAAACGCAGAAAAGUUUGAGAACGAGCAAGUGAAAAGGACCAGAGAUGCAGUAGAGGAGAAAACACAAGAGAACGAGCGUGCGGUGAGAAAAGCAAGGGAAUUCUUACAGCAAGUUGAGACGGGCCUACUUCAGAUUCAGAAUGGUAUUAAGGAGGUUGGAAUUAAAGACAAUUAA